AUGUCUCGGAACGUGAUGGGACAGGAAUUCGGCUCUGACGAGGAAGAUGAUGACUUCAACCCCGCGCCCGCACAGGAAUCAGAUAAUGAAGACGUAGAUCGCGGCCAGACCCGGAAACGUGACCGUGAGGACGACGCUCAAGAUGGAGGCGAUGACCAGGAUAGGGAGAACGAGGGCGGUGGAGACGACGAUGAGCCUCAGGAAGGAGGGGAGAGCGAAGAGGAAGAGGAAGAAGACGAGGAAGAGGAUGCUGUCACGCGUGGACCGAAGCGAAGAAGAGGCCCUGGACUCCAUAACUUCAUUGAUGUUGAGGCGGGUGUAGACGAAGAUGAGGACGAGGCUGAAGAUGAAGAGGACGAUAUGGAAUUUGGUGAAAAUGUCCACCCGGAUGAUGAAGUUGCUGUCGGAGCUGAGAUGGACGACCGUCGACACCGUGAACUUGACCGUCAGCGUGAAGUGGAGGCCAGCAUGGAUGCUGAGAAACAGGCACAAUUGCUCAAGGAACGUUAUGGGCGGAAUCGCGCAGCUGCCACGGACGCCGUCAUUGUCCCAAAACGUCUUUUACUUCCCAGUGUCGAUGACCCUAGUAUCUGGGGUGUUCGGUGCAAGGCCGGCAAGGAACGUGAAGUUGUCUUUGCUAUUCAAAGACGUAUCGAAGAACGACCGCCUAGUUCACGGAACCCGAUUAAGCUCAUCUCUGCGUUUGAGCGUGGGGGCGCAAUGAGUGGCUACAUUUACGUCGAAGCGCGGAGACAGGCAGAUGUCAUGGAUGCCUUACAAGAUAUGUCGAAUGUUUAUCCAAGGACCAAAAUGAUUUUGGUUCCUGUGAGGGAGAUGCCGGAUCUACUUAGGGUGCAGAAGUCCGAAGAACUCAACCCCGGAGGCUGGGUUCGAAUAAAGCGUGGCAAAUACAUAGGUGAUCUCGCUCAGAUCGAGGAGGUAGAGACGAACGGUUUGGCUGUGACCGUUCGUUUGGUUCCCCGACUGGACUACGGUUUAAACGAGGACUCCGGUGCUCCUAUCGUUGACCCUAAGAGAAAGCGAGCUGGCGCAAAUGCCGCUGUUGCACGCCCUCCACAGCGGUUGUUUAGUGAGGCCGAAGCCAAGAAGAAGCACAGCAAGUACCUCUCCGCUACGGCUGGUUUAGGUUCGAAGUCAUGGAACUACCUUGGCGAAACUUACAUCGAUGGUUUCUUGAUCAAGGACAUGAAGGUCCAGCAUUUAAUCACGAAGAACGUCAACCCCCGGCUCGAGGAAGUUACCAUGUUUGCCCGCGAUUCUGAAAACGGCACCUCGAAUCUUGACCUCGCGUCUCUUGCAGAAACCCUCAAGAAUUCUACGGCAGAGGAAUCAUAUAUUCCUGGAGACCCCGUGGAGGUGUUCAAGGGUGAACAGCAAGGUCUUAUCGGCCGCACUAGCUCCACUCGUGGAGAUAUUGUGACUAUCCUGGUAACGGAAGGCGAACUGGCAGGCCAAACUAUCGAAGCCCCUGUCAAGACACUCCGUAAGCGCUUUAGGGAAGGUGACCACGUCAAGGUUAUUGGCGGAAGCAGAUACCAGGAUGAGUUGGGCAUGGUUGUGCAAGUGAGGGACGACACAGUCACCCUUCUCAGCGAUAUGAGUAUGCAGGAGAUUACUGUCUUUAGCAAAGACCUCCGUUUGUCCGCAGAAACUGGCGUGGAUGGGAAAUUGGGCAUGUUCGAUGUUCAUGAUCUCGUACAGCUAGAUGCUGCUACUGUCGCUUGCAUUGUCAAGGUUGAUCGCGAAUCAUUACGAGUCCUGGAUCAGAACGGUUCUAUCCGCACUAUCCUCCCUACGCAAGUCACCAACAAGGUCACCCCGCGCCGAGACGCUGUGGCUACAGACAGGAACGGGGCUGAAAUCCGACAUGGCGACACCGUUAGAGAAGUAUACGGCGAGCAGAGAAACGGUGUAAUCCUUCAUAUCCAUCGCUCAUUCCUGUUCCUGCACAAUAAAGCCCAGGCUGAAAACUCGGGUAUCGUCGUUGUGCGCACUACCAAUGUUGUUACAGUGUCUGCGAAAGGAGGCAGGUCUACAGGUCCGGAUCUCUCCAAGAUGAACCCGGCUCUGAUGGGGAAUGGUGCUCCAGGUAAUAUGAUGGGACCUCCCCCAUCAAAGAACUUUGGACGGGACCGACUUCUCGGAAAAACAGUCUUGGUUAGGAAGGGGGCUCUCAAGGGUCUGAUGGGUAUUGUUAAAGACACGACCGAUGUCCAGGCUCGCGUAGAGCUUCACUCAAAGAACAAGCUUGUGACGAUCCCUAAGGAGCUCCUUGUUGUCAAGGAUCCCGUUACUGGCCAAACCAUUGACAUUUCCCGCGGCAGAGGGGCGCCACGGGUUCCUCAAGGUGGUUCAGCUGCACCACCAUCCGGCUGGCAUGGCGGUCGUACUCCUAUGGCCGCCGCCGAUUCUUCAAGAACACCGGCCUGGGGUGGUGCUACUUCCUCCAGAACACCUGCUUGGGGCGGUGGCCUUGGCUCUCGCACACCUGCAUGGAAGGCCGACGGAUCACGAACUUCUAAUCCAUAUGACGGCAGUCGCACAGCUUACGGAGGCGGAGGUGCAGGAUCACGCACACCGGCCUGGAAUGCAGGAGCACGAACACCUUAUGGUGGCUCCGGCUCCGGCUCAGGUUCCAGCGAUUUCGAUGCCUUUGCAGCUGGGUCCCGAACUCCCGCCUGGGGUGGCGCCGUCUCUGGCGCCGCCUCUGGCAGCCGUACUCCAGCUUGGUCGGCAAGCGGCUCAACCAGUAACAAGACAUACGACGCCCCGACACCGGGUGCGACCUACUCAGCUCCCACCCCGGGCGCGUACGGUGGUGCACCCACACCCGGUCUCUCAGCACCUACACCCGGAGCCUGGGCUGACAGCGCACCGACGCCGGGUGCCUACAAUGCGCCGACUCCGGCUGACUUUGGCGAUCGUCCAUACGAUGCACCGACGCCAGCGAUGGGUGGGGCUGCCGCUACACCGGGCGCCGGCCCGUACGGCGAUGCAGACGAUGGCGGUCCCCGGUACGAAGAAGGAACGCCCAGCCCUUGA